AAACAAAACAGUUGUAAUCGAGAUGGCGGUGGAAGUACACACAUUUUGAUGUUUCAACAUAAACAUUAGUACAAUAAUUUUAAAUAACCGCGGGUGUUGGUUUAAGUAUUUACGAUAAUUUAUGUUAUUAAUAAAUUUAAUCAAAAAGCAUGGCCGAAGAAGCAAACAUUAAAUAAAGAUAUGAUCUGGGCUUGGCAACGUCAUCGCCGAAGAUUUAAUUCACUCAUACACACCUCUCCAAUCCGUCGAUAAUUUCAGGGUUAAUUAAUUAGUUUCAUGCAAAACGCUGAGAUUGGUCGUUACGAAAAUGUCGGUGGCGGCUAAAAUAUGUCGAAGAAUGUCGCCAAAGACCUUUGCGCUUACAGCUAUAGGUCUCACCAUCAUUCUUUGCGUUUAUUAUGCCAACUAUACAACAGAUAUUCGAUCGAAUCAAACGCAAGAAAAUUCAAAAGGUAGCGAAGAGAACGGACCACCGCAACCUCAGAAGUUAGUCAACAUGCUACUUCAAAGAUCAAAAGGUACCACCAACAAAGAAUAUCAAAUGUGUCCGAAACUACAUCCGGCAGAAGCAGAUGUCAACACGGUGGAUGUUUUCAAGGAUUUUGAAUUUCAGCCUGCCUGGAUGAAGAGCAAAGAAUACUGGGACAAAUCAUUCGAAGACCGAUUCGAGCGACAGAAAAUGGAUGCCGACAGACCACCAUUGAAGGUCAUCAUAGUUCCUCAUUCUCAUAACGAUCCAGGAUGGUUGAAAACAUUCGAAAACUACUUCCACUACAUCUCGAGACAAAUAAUGAACAACAUGGUAGCCAAAUUACAACAGUACAAAAAUUUAACCUUCAUAUGGUCUGAGGUGGCAUUUUUGAACGCGUGGUGGGAAGAAGCUCAUCCUAGCAAACAAAGGGCUUUAAGAAAUUUAGUCAAUUCGGGAAGGCUUGAAAUUGCUACCGGGGGAUGGGUCAUGACUGACGAAGCGAAUGCCCAUGUGUACGCCAUGGUGGAUCAACUGAUUGAAGGUCAUCAGUGGGUAUGGUCGAACCUAGGCGUAAAACCUGUCUCAGGAUGGUCCGUCGAUCCAUUCGGUCAUGGUAGCACCCAACCCUACAUCCUCGCUUCCUCAGGGAUAAAAGGUACAGUAAUCCAACGGAUACACUACGCUUGGAAACAAUGGCUGGCCUUGAAACAAUACGGCGAUUUCCGAUGGGUCCCUAAUUGGAGCCCAUCAGAACCUUCGGCCUCCGUUCUAACCCAUAAUCAACCCUUCGACAUAUACUCCAUCAAACAUAGCUGUGGCCCCCAUCCCUACAUUUGCCUGAACUUCGAUUUUCGCAAGGUGAUAGGAGAGUACACUGAAUACUCAAUCAAAGCACAAACCAUCACAGAUAAAAACAUCAAAGAGAAAAGCGAGCUGCUGCUGGAACAAUACGCAAGGACGGGAUCUUUGUUUCCCCACAACGUGGUGCUGAUGCCUCUUGGUGAUGAUUUUAGAUACAAUGUAGCGGAAGAAUGGGACCAACAGUACACCAACUAUAUUAAACUGAUAGACUACAUCAACGCAAAUAAGGAGACUUACAAGGCCGAGGUUCUUUUUGGCACUCCGAGAGAUUACUUCCGCGAGAUUGUGAAACGGUACGAUCAAUACCCCACCCUCAAAGGGGAUUUCUUCGUCUACUCGGAUAUAUUUUCGGAGGGAAGGCCCGCGUACUGGUCCGGAUACUUCACGACGCGGCCGUUCAUGAAGCUGCUAGAUAGAGAAUUGGAGAGCAACCUUCGCGGAGCCGAGAUUUUGUACACAAUAGCGUUGAAUAAUGCGAGGCAAAAGAAGCUGUUGCCCUACUUGAAGAUCCUCGAGCGCGAUUUCGAGAAAUUAGUACGCGCUCGGCGUAACUUGGGCCUGUUCCAGCACCACGACGCCAUCACGGGCACCAGCAAGUCGUUCGUGAUGCGCGAUUAUGGACUGAAGCUAUUCGAAGGCAUCCGCGACACCGUCAGCAUCCAACAGAAUUCUUUGCAGAGCUUAUUAUUCCCGAACAUUCCAAUAAAGCCGGGGGAGAACGUGGUAUUGAGCGACUUGGAAAGGGAUUCGUACGAAAAGCUGCCUCGGAAAACGCCGAUCACGCUAUGGCCGAAGCAAGUGCGGAAAAUCGUGCUAUACAACUCCCUGGCCCAGCCUCGAGAACAAUUAGUACAAGUUAGGACCAACACGAGCAACGUUAAAGUCGUUGAUAGCGAAGGAAACGACAUUGUGUUCCAAAUUAAUCCCGUUUGGGACACUUCGGAGGGCAACACGAAGCUGUGGAUUGCCGCCGAUGAGUUUGAAGUGGUUUUUAUAGCGGAUUUGAAGGAGUUGUCGGUUACCGCGUUCAGCCUGGUUUACACAGAGGAAACCGAAGCGAAGCUUGCCACGAUCUACUGCAAUAAGUGCCACCGCAAGGCCAACAUCAUACUGAACACCGAUAGUACAACGCAGAAGCAAAGCGAAAUACUCAAAUCAAAAUUUAAAAUCAAAAAUAUUCCUACGGGUGAUAUACAGUUAGAGAAUCACGUGUUUAAAAUUUUAUUCAAUGGGAACACAGGGUUUAUGAAGACAGUCACUAGGAAACACAGCCCGAAGAUAAUGCAGUGCGGAAUACAGUUUGCCGCAUACCGGAGUGCGCAGUUCCACUCUGGCGCUUAUUUAUUCAUGCCAGAUCCCAACGAGAGGGAUAUAGAAAAAGACGUUCUGCAACAAUACAAGGACCAGAUGAGCAUUAUCAUAACCUCUGGCUCUGUCUCCAGUGAGAUUACUGUUAUCUACGGACCGUUCUUGGUACACACUGUCGCUAUAUAUCAUAUAGAAAGAUCCAGUCUGGCUGAUAGCAUCUACAUUGAGAACACGGUGGAUUUCGAAAAUCCACCCAAAAAUCGCGAAACCGAAUUGUUUAUGAGAAUCGUGUCGGACGUGCAGAAUGGAGAACCGCCCGAAUUUUACACGGAUCAAAACGGAUUUCAAAUACAAAAACGCAUUAAAGUAGAAAAGAUAGGAGUUGAAGGCAACUAUUUCCCGAUCACUACGAUGGCGUUCAUCCAAGAUGACAAUAUACGUUUAAGUUUACUGACGGAUCAUGCCCAAGGUGCAGCUAGUUGGCAGCCGGGCUUCCUCGAAAUCAUGCUCGAUAGAAGGACCCUCUAUGACGAUUCCCGAGGAAUGGGAGAAGGACUGGUGGACAACCGAAAGACGGUCAACAAAUUCUGGCUCUUGAUCGAGGACGUGGUCCAUCUGAAAAACGACAAAAAGGGACAUCCGAAGCGAUUCGAUAAUGCCGACGACACUUUCGAAAAAGGUGACAUUAUUAGGUCGUUUAAUGUGCCGACUGAUCCUAUAGAACCUAUUAAACAAGACAGCUAUUCAGUCCCCUCGCUCUAUGCAAAUGAAAUGUCGAAUAUGUUAAUUUAUCCAACGGGAAUUUUCAUACUAGACUAUGAACGUCAGAACGAUGUCGAGAAGAGUUUUAAAUUGAUUAAUAAGCAAUUUCCAUGUGAUGUCCACUUGAUGACCCUGCGAACUCAGCCAGAUUCGGUUUAUUCUCAAUUUCCGUCUUCUAGUGCACUUUUGGUGCUACAUAGGCAAGGUUACGAUUGUGCUGUGAGUAGUAAUUUUACUUGCAAUUCGUUAAAAUUUGACAGUGCGUUCCAAUACGUCGAAGUUAAAGAAAUUCAAGCUAAAACGUUGACCGGUAUUGAUACUUUAGUAGAUAAUAUAAAGCGAUUAAGUGAUAUUUAUAUUGAACCCAUGACUUUAAAGACUUUCAACAUGACCUUUGUAUAGUAGCGAAUUAUUGAUGUGAUUUUAUAGAUUUUUAAUGAAUCCUUUAUAUUAUUUAUAUUUUUAAAAUUUGUAGAUAGUGUAAAUAGGAACUACUAAUUAAUUAAGGAUGUGUGCAUUUCUCUUUAUGUUGUUGUGUUGUCCUAGUAGAUAAUCGAUUUUUUUGUACAUUUACUUCCAUAAGUAUAAUGUUUUUAAGCACUGACUGAUCAUGUUUUCUUAUUUAAGUUACUACGUUAUAAGUGUUAAUUGGUUAUUUAUAAGUUUUGCUGUUGUGAAAAAUACUGUUUUUAUACGUUGAGUCUUAUUUGCCGAAAUAAAGUUCCAUUUGAAUACCGAAAA